GAAGACCCACCCGGCUUCGCAAUAAAAGACUUUUCUUCCUUCCCGCCAAAACUCCGCCCAGCCAUCGCCGACAAGGUAGCCAAACUCGAAAAGAAAAUCUUCCCCGCUAUAGAGCAUUUCAACUACGACGUCGAGCUGAAGAAAAAGAACACGGGCUUGCUCCUGGUGUUCAAGGAAGACGAUGAAGAAAGAUUGGUCGCUUAUCUC